GUGGAAAUUUUCAGCGGACAGAGUCCAAAUGAAAAUUCGACGUCCCCGAGCACCUAGCAAAACUCGUCUUCGUCGUUGCUCGCAAUAGGAAUUGAGAAUUCAAGGUCGCCUCUAGUCUUAUCGUUUCUUCCCUUCAGUCUCGCAACUUCCGCCAUCGGGUUCGGUGGUUCCGUCGCUAGUUCCUCCUCCUCCUCCUCCUCCUCUCUCUCCCCUUCGCCGACGUUGAUAAUGAAAUUGGGGUUCACUUAAAAGGCUAGGCACGAAGGAUCCUACGACUGAGUUGUGGGCGGCUGAGUGAGAACGAGUAAACAAAGCAAAGAUGGAAUUGGGAACCUCAGAGUCAUCAUAUCCAGGGUCAGGGAAUUGGGAGAUCCCAAUUGAUCUAUUUGGUUCCAAAAAGCAUGCUGGAGUCUCACGUGGUGUUCUAACAUUUGCGGAUGAGUUUGGUAACAUAGUCUUCAGGGUGAACCGCCACCCACCCAGUCCUAACUUAUUGCCCCUUCCUGAGGACAAGAAACUCUUGCUUGAUGCCUCAGGCAAUCCCCUCUUCUCCAUCCACCGCUAUCAUAAUGGGUCUUGGAAAUGCUACAAGGGAGACAACGAUGGGAACAAUGAGCUGGUGUUCAGAGUGAAGAGGACCCUCAAAACACUUACUAGAGUUGAGUUAGAGGUACAUUUCCAUGGUGAGAGGUCCAAUGAUGAAGGUUGUGAUUUGAAAAUGAAGGGUUCCCCUUUUCGAAGAUCAUGCAGCAUCUAUAAAGAUGCUGACUUGGUGGCACAGUAUAAUGGAACAUGUGUCACACUGUCACGAUGAGAGGAAUUGAAGAUAUUUUUAAUUUCUAGUUAUAAUUUAUAAACUUGUGCCAGAAAUUAACUGUUACUUAUGAAAUUCAUUUCUAACUUGUUACUUGUACAAAUAUCAUAAUCUAAUUAUAUUCUAGAUUGUCAUAGUACCACCCGUCCUUGUAUAAUUGAAACGUUGAAUGGUAAGUUACAACUAUUAAAGCCUAAGAAACUGUGUAUUCAGAUUCCAAAUAAUAUUACGUUAGACAAUUAUGCCUUCAGAAUAUUGAAGAUAUGAAAGUGAAGCAGAAAAAUUAUUCGGUGUGUAUGAAUUAAACUACAGGCUUGACCUGAUAAGAAUUUGGUCAUGAUUUUAAAGCUGAGAUUUGUAUAUUAUGAUACAAGAGUGGUCUUAUACUCUUAUGUACUUAUAAUUCUUAGUGUUGUUCAAUAAUUAUAUUGUAUAAUACAUCUGGAAUGUGGAAAAGGGCUAUUUGGUUUAAAGGAGGGAAAAUAUUUUAAUGGAGAGAGGGAAAGCAAGGACGGGUUAAAAAUUAUGUUUGAUUCAAAGGAGGGGAAGGGAGGGAUUUUAGUGGAGAGGAUGGAAAGUUAAUUUUCUUUUGUUCGAUUUACAAGAAAUGUUCAAGUCUUUGAAAUCAGUAGACCGAAAUAUCCUUUGACUCAAUUAAAAUUUGACAUGUGUAAACAUUUUAAAAUUUAUUAUCUUUUCAAACUUCCCAUUCAUUCGUUGCCUGCACAUGCACUACUUCAAAGGGUCAUUUGGCGUGUUUUUCAGAGGAUGCAACAUAUCCCUUGGUUUACAAAGGGAGAGAAGAUAUUUUAAAAAUUAAUUACCUCUAUACCCUUAUAGUUUUAAAUUUAAAAAUAUAUGUAUGAAUAUUUUAGACAUUAUAUUGAAAAUGUUUUAAAUUUCCACCCUCCCUUUCAAAUCCCCCUAGUAUUAUAGGAAAACUAAAAUUAGAUGAGGAAGGAUUUUGUUCUGAUUCAUUUCCCUACUAAAAGUUGAAUCAAUUAAUAAAAGUUUAUAAAAAUUUCUCUCAUCUCCUCCCUUUAUUUGUCUCCAAUCAAACACUUUGGAAGAGAGAAAUUUAAAAAUAUGUGAAUUAUCCCAUGAAGGCGUGAAACACUUUAAGAUAAAGAGAAAAUGUUUACACACUAGAAUAUUGCAAAUGCAUCAUGUACUAAGUGCACUACAUUUUAAGAGAUCAAAAGAUUGACUCUGCCUU